AUGUCUCUCAACAUGAAAACCCUAACUCAAGCCCUCGCCAAAACCGCUGCCGUGAUCGAAAAAACCGUACAAACAACCGUACAGGAGGUAACCGGACCGAAACCUCUCCAAGAUUACGAGAUCAUUGACCAGAUCGGAUCGGCAGGGCCAGGACUCGCCUGGAAACUCUACUCCGCCAAGGCGCGUGACGCUACGCGCGCUCAGCAGUAUCCAAUUGUGUGUGUUUGGGUGCUGGAUAAGCGCGCUUUGUCGGAGGCGAGGGUUCGUGCGGGAUUGUCGAAGGCGGUGGAGGACGCGUUUCUGGAUCUGGCGCGUGCGGACGCGGGGAGACUGGUGAGGCUUCGGCAUCCGGGAGUUGUACACGUGGUGCAGGCAAUGGAUGAGAGUAAGAACGCGAUGGCGAUGGUGACGGAGCCGCUAUUCGCGUCGGUGGCGAACGCUUUGGGGAAUUUGGAGAAUUUUGGGAAUGUCAUGAAAGUGCCGAAGGAGCUUAAGGGAUUGGAGAUGAGUUUGUUGGAAAUGAAGCAUGGUUUACUCCAAAUUGCAGAAUCCUUGGAUUUUCUCCAUAGCAAUGCUCAUCUCAUUCACCGGGCUAUAUCACCUGAGAAUGUCCUAAUAACUUCAAGUGGGGCAUGGAAGCUGGGUGGAUUUGGUUUUGCAAUCACGACAGAUCAAGUCAGUAGUGAUUCGUCUAAUGUGCAGGCCUUUCAUUAUGCUGAAUAUGAUGUUGAGGAUUCUAUGCUGCCCCUUCAGCCAUCCUUAAAUUACACUGCACCUGAGCUUGUUCGGAGCAAGACUGCUUCAGUUGGAUGCUUUUCUGAUAUAUUCAGCUUUGGAUGCCUUGCCUACCACCUGAUUGCUCGCAAGCCUUUGUUUGAUUGCCACAACAAUGUCAAGAUGUAUAUGAAUACCUUGACUUAUUUAUCCAAUGAAGCUUUCUCCUCUAUCCCACCAGAAUUAGUUCCUGACCUUCAAAGGAUGCUUUCGGCAAAUGAGUCUCUCAGGCCGACAGCGUCAGAUUUUACAGGUUCUCCAUUUUUUCGUGAUGACACUAGGUUGCGCGCUCUUCGAUUCCUUGACCACAUGCUUGGGAGAGAUAACAUGCAGAAAUCUGAAUUUUUAAAAGCAUUAUCAGAUAUGUGGAAAGAUUUUGAUUCUCGUGUUCUGCGGUAUAAGGUUCUACCGCCACUUUGUGCAGAACUUCGGAAUGUAGUGAUGCAACCAAUGAUUCUGCCCAUGGUUCUCACAAUAGCAGAGUCUCAGGAUAGAAAUGAUUUCGAGCUAAUAACACUACCCGCUCUUUUACCUGUCCUGACUACUGCUGCUGGUGAGACACUUUUGCUACUUGUGAAGCAACUGGAGCUUAUUAGCAACAAGACUGGUCGGGAGCAGCUAGUUUCACAUUUAUUGCCCUUGCUUGUUCGAGGUUAUGAUGAUACCGAUCCUCGCAUACAAGAGGAAGUUUUGAGAAGAUCUGUAUCCCUUGCUAAGCAACUUGAUGUUCAGCUGGUGAAACAAGCGAUUUUGCCCCGUGUUCAUGGCUUAGCUCUUAAAACAACAGUUGCUGCGGUGAGAGUCAAUGCUUUGCUAUGCUUAGGAGAUCUGGUUCACACACUUGAUAAACAUGCUGUUCUGGACAUUUUGCAAACGAUUCAACGUUGUACAGCUGUUGACCGUUCUGCUCCUACCCUUAUGUGUACCCUUGGGGUUGCUAACUCAAUUCUCAAGCAGUAUGGAGUCGAAUUUGCUGCAGAACAUGUCCUUCCGUUACUCUCCCCUCUUCUUACUGCUCAACAAUUGAAUGUUCAGCAGUUUGCUAAAUAUAUGCUUUUUGUCAAGGAUAUUCUCAGGAAGAUAGAAGAAAAACGUGGAGUUACUGUAACUGAUGCUGGAUUUCCGGAGCUAAAAGAUAUUCCUUUUGCCAAUGGGCCUCAGUCUCAAGCCUUGAGCAAAACAAGUGGGAGUGUGGCUUCGACAACUAAGAGCAGCCUAUCAUGGGAUGAGGAUUGGGGUCCUAAGACAAAGGGACCAGCCAAUUCCAAUCAGUCUUCUAUCAAAAACAUCUCAUCCACUACAACCAUUUACAGUGAAAAACCAAUUCAAGUAACCCCUGUGCAAUUCCAAACUUCCUUGGUAUCUGCUGUAUCUAGUCAGCAAACAGCUGUAUCAUGCCCUCCAAUUGAUUUAGAAUGGCUUCCUUGUGCAUCUUCAUCUGUGACCUCUUCUGUAGCUGAUAGUGAGAAGCAGCAACCGAACCCUGGAAGGUCUUCAUCUUCAAGUUUUGAAGAUCUAGAUCCAUUUGCUGAUUGGCCUCCACGGCCAAGUGGCUCUUCAAGUGUUUCAGGAACUCUUAGCAAUGGCAAUAUAGGAUCAGUGACAAAAAAUUAUACUUCUGGUUUGACAAGUACACCAAACAAUAAGAGCUAUCAAACCAAUGGCAAUAACAGUUGGGCCUCCUACAAUCCAAGUUCAACUUUGAAUUCCGGUAGUUUGAAUUCUGGGGGCCUGAAUGACCUGAAUUCUAUUGGGUUCAUGAAACAGAAUCAAGGAUAUUCAGGUUCAGGUUCAGGUCCAGUUUCAGUUACAUACAAUAACGAUAAGAAAUCAUCUAAUCUUGGAUCCAUAUUUGGUACUAGCAAGUCCGAACAAACUACACCAAAACUUGCCCCACCUCCUGCAACUGCUGUUGGUAGAGGAAGAGGAAGAGGAAGAGGAGCGAGUUCAAGUUCACGGCCUAGCCAUGUCAAACCAACAUCAGAACAACCACCUCUACUGGAUUUGCUGUAAAGGGUUUUACCAUUUUUCAACUUUCAAAAAUAAUCAUACACAGAAGAAAUUUUUGAAGUGUUCUUGUGGGUGCCCAUCCCACGCUGUACAGAGAUGGCCAGAUCCUCUUAAAUGCGGUAAAGUACAAGUUCAUCUAUCAUCUUGGACAUGCAACCCCCAUGGCUCUCGGGAUGGCAUGGUUUGUUAUAUGUAGAUUAUUGAGCGGUUUGUAGUUUAUUGUGAUUGAUUCUGUACUGGUUUUUUGUUCCCCUUUUGUUUUGUCAAUUCUAUAUUUUUCUGCUUAGUUUUGUUCAGUUUCUUGAAAUUUGAAUAUUGAAAAUACUUUUUUUCUAUGUUCCUUAUAAUGUAUUCUUUAAAAAUGUUCCAGAUACUGAUUUGGAAAGAAUAAGCAAAAAUGAAAUAUCUGAGUUUCUGCUGGAA